AUGUUCGCGACCAGAGUCCUGCGCCAGGCCGCCGCCCACGGUGCUGAGCGCACCCCAAUGAUCCGAUUUAUCGGCAAGCGAUCGGUUCCCUCCCAAGUCGACCACUCCCCGCAACCGCACCCGGCCUCCCCUACCGGCUCCCUGCCCAGCGGCAAUGGCAACUCGCACACCAGCUUCUCCUCGUACCGGGACGCGGCACAGCAGCACGGCCCUCUGCGCAAGUCUAUUGGCAACACCUCUGCCGCUAAGCUCGGUCCCGUCGAGCCUCCUCGCGGCAUGUACUGGGACCGCAAUGAGCUGCCCGAGCGCUUCCGACGAAGCCCGCUGACGCUGGCUGAAAUUGAGGCCAUUGAAACCGGUGGCGCUGCCAUGUUCGGUUAA